AUGAGCACGGGGAAUCACGCAAUGGCGCGAGCACAUGCAUAUAAACAAGAAGACAUAUGCUUGACACUAGCUAACUCUUUUUUCAACUCAAUUGACCCCGAAAUGUCUGUUUUGACUUUGGCUCGUAAGACUCUUUUAACUUCUGCUAGACGCAGUCGUUCUGGUGCUCGAAUUGUUGUUCCAGCUGUGAGACACUUUGCAUUCAAUGCUGCUGACCAGCCCAGAAUUAGAAUUGGAUCCACUGCUCCUAAUUUCAAAGCUUUGACUACUGACGGUGAAAUUGACUUUCAUGAAUUCGUUGGAGAUUCUUGGACGAUUCUCUUUUCCCACCCUGCCGAUUUCACUCCUGUCUGUACCACUGAAUUAGGAGCUUUCGCUGCUUUGCAAGAGGAAUUUACUAAGCGUAAUGCCAAGCUUAUUGGAUUGAGUGCUGAUGGUUUGGAGAGUCAUGGCGAGUGGGUCAAGGAUAUUGAGGAGACUUCCACCUCUGGCAAGAAAUUCGACUUCCCCAUCAUUGCCGAUAAGGAUCGCAAUGUUGCUUUCUUGUAUGAUAUGGUUGAUGAGGAAGGUUUCAAGAACAUUAACAGUGGUAUGGCUAUGACCAUUCGUAAUGUCUUCAUCAUCGAUCCUAAGAAGAAGGUUCGUCUUUUUUUGGUUUACCCAGCCUCUACUGGCCGUAAUACCGCUGAGGUCCUUCGUGUUUUAGAUGCUUUGCAAUUGGCUGACGGUCAAGGCAUUGCUACCCCUGUUGACUGGGUCCCUGGCAAGGAUGUUAUCGUCCCCGUCAGUGUUAGCACUAGCGAUGCUGCCAAGAAAUUUGGUGAAGUUCGUGAAGUCAAGCCUUAUUUGAGAUUUGUUAAGCACAACGUCAAAUCGAGUGUUUUGUCCUUGUUCGGUGGUCCUUCGUACUCUUCUUCCUCAAACUAUACCACUUUUGCUUUGAUUGCCGCAGGUGUCGGUGCUGCUCUUGUUGGAUCCGAAGGUUUGAGUAAGGAUUCUCGUGUUGCUGAUCUUGAGAAUGUCGUUGGCAAGUAA